GACCGCCCACCAGAGACAGUCAACCCGAGACCCCUUAUAGAUUUAAAAAGAGAGGCUGCAUUCUCAGACUGACACUUAUUCAACAGUGCUACCUUAAGCAGAUUACUUUUUUUUUUUGCGCUGCCUCGCAGGGUCAAAACAGGCGCUUUCGUGUUGCCGCCGCUGCUGCUGCUUCUGCUUCUCCUCCUCCUUCUUCUUCUCCUCUUUCUCCUCUCUUUCCACUUUGCCUUCUUCCUCCAUCAUGUUUGGGAUGCUGAAAGAUCACCUCCAACCGGGCUUUUUUUGCUUCUUCGUGUGGUUCUGCCACCUCAUGGAGCAUCAGAAAGUUCAAGCUGGCAACUGCUGGUUGCAGCAGGGCAAAAACGGCCGCUGCCAGGUGCUCUACAUGCCCGGGAUGAGCAGGGAGGAGUGCUGCAGGAGCGGGAGACUGGGCACGUCGUGGACCGAAGAGGACGUGCCCAACAGCACGCUGUUCAAGUGGAUGAUCUUCAACGGCGGAGCCCCCAAUUGCAUACCUUGCAAAGGUGGAGAGUCGUGCGAUAACGUGGACUGCGGACCGGGCAAGAGGUGCAAGAUGAACAGGAGAAGUAAGCCGCGAUGCGUUUGCGCGCCAGACUGCUCCAAUGUCACGUGGAAGGGACCCGUGUGCGGCUCGGACGGGAAAACCUACAAGGACGAGUGCGCACUGCUCAAGGCCAAAUGCAAAGCGCACCCCGACCUGGAUGUGCAAUACCAGGGAAAAUGCAAAAAAACGUGCCGUGACGUGCUGUGCCCCGGAAGCUCCACCUGCGUGGUGGACCAGACCAACAACGCCUAUUGUGUGACGUGUAAUCGGAUCUGCCCCGAGGUGACGUCCCCCGAGCAGUACUUGUGCGGCAACGACGGCAUCGUAUACGCCAGCGCCUGCCACUUGAGGCGGGCCACCUGCCUCCUGGGCCGCUCCAUCGGGGUGGCUUACGAGGGCAAAUGCAUCAAGGCCAAGUCUUGCCAGGACAUCCAGUGCGGCGGGGGUAAGAAGUGUCUCUGGGACGCCCGCAUGAGCCGAGGACGCUGCUCUCUGUGCGAAGACACGUGUCCCGAGAGCCGGACGGACGAGGCGGUAUGCGCCAGCGACAACACCACCUACCCCAGCGAAUGCACCAUGAAACAGGCCGCCUGCUCCGAGGGGGUGCUGCUGGAGGUCAAGCACUCGGGAUCUUGCAACUACACACCACCAAGCGCAGCUUUGGCAAGGAGAACGGACUCGGAAUGGAAUGGACUUGCAUGAUGUUGUCUUUUUGUUUUUGAACCCCGCCCCCCUCCCCCUCCAUGUAAUUCCUCCGCAAAGUAUUGCAACAGAGAGACUAAUUCAGUACGAGUGAGGUGGGAGUUUGCAGUGGAGCAAUCGUCAUAUGUUCAUAUUCACAUUCACAUUCACAUGAUGAGUAUAUUUUGCCUUAAAUCUCAUUCAAGCAUUGGAGCGAUUCCGUCACAAAGCAAGAUAGGGGUGGCCAUUUAGCUGGAACUCCUGUUUCCAUGCCAGCGUUGUACUGGGCAGAAUCAUUCUGCACACCAUUCAUCCGUUUGCUAGAGUGCUUGGCUUUCAUUGGUGUUCAGCUGGAGUCUAUCCCAGCUAACUUUGGGGCGAGCCGCCAGGUGCACAGAGGACCUAUUCACCUAUUUGCCCUUUUUUUUCUUCAAUAUGGGGUGAAGGGGAGCCAAAACCUGUUUUUUGUGAAAAAUUCAUAAUGGAGGUUCCUGAGUGUUUUUUUUUUAUUAUUUUAUUAUUUGGGUUUAAAAUUGGUGUCAAUUACACUGGUCAACAAAUUUUUUCUUUUUUUUUUUGGAGAUGCAAGUAAACUUUUAUCGACGGAUUUUUGCGCUGAUUUCAAAUGUGCCCUGGUCAAACAAAAAAAAUGAAAAUGUCUCAAAAAACCUGAUGUGUUGCAGGGAGUAGACAUUUUUGAAAUCAGCGUCCAGCAUACACAAAGCCACCGCGGUCUUGAUUAAAAUUUGUUGUUGACCAGUGUUACACACUUUAUUGGCUCGGUCCCCUUCCGUCCACUGUACCUCGGACGAGUCGCAUUCACACUUGGACAAUUUUGACACGCACGGUUUUUGGAAUGUGGGAGUGACUUUGUGGUCAGUUACAAUUGCGGCACACAAAUAGCAAAACGAUCAGUCACAUUUUCUCCCGUGGGCAAUUUGGAGUCGUUCAUAAAGCGAACAUGCAUGAUUUUGGAAUCUAGAAUGACUUUGGGCGAGCAAACAUGUAGUGCAUUCUAUUUUGUCACUACACAAGAACAACAAGCCAUCAAUGUUUUUAUUUGUUUUAUUUUGCUAGUUGUAAAUUCACUCAAUCACCUUACUCGUGUAUUUGUGUGUUUUCUGUUGACUUUUUCUAUAAAUAUGUUUUCUUUUGGUUGGCUGUAAAUGAAUCAUUUCCAAUGUCUCUUGUGAAUAUGUCACGGACGCUUGAUGGCGAUUGUAACAUUGGUGUCGUGAUAGGUCAAGACGAACGGCCAAUUUGAACCUUGUAGACUAUUUAGCUAUCUGUGGAGCAGACAGCAUUUGUCGGGGAGGUGGUGGUGGGGGGUGGUUGAGGGUGGCCGUGCUAGAGGUUAAGCGCUGUUGAAAUUGAGCAAGAGCCCUGAAGGAAGUAUCGCAUUUACAUUCCAUGUUACUCCACUCAAAAGAAUGUCUCAUUGUUAGGUUCCCGUGCUAUGACACCCGAGGGACCAACUUUACGAUCACCUCAUGGGCUGAAUAUUUCUCAAUGUGAUAUUUGACAUAGGAAGCUAACCCGUGUCCUCCUUUCACUGUAAAAGAAAAAAAAAUAAUCAUUGUCGUUGCUGUUCUCCACGGAAUGUGAUAUAUCAUGUCUGAAUGUUUGGAUUGACAAGGGACUGCCUGGGUUUUUUUUUCGGGUUUUUUUUCUAAAUACUGUCACCCUUGCUUUGCUUUGUUUUUUGUAUUGUGUGUCCAAAAUGUAAAAAAAAAAAAAAAAGUCAAAUACCU